AUGUCGAACCUAGAAUAUCGAGAUCUGCCCGAGCCAUCCAACAGCAUGCACAGCGCCUUUACCAGGGAAAUGAUAGACUCAUUACCCAGAAUAGAAACUCCCCCACCGAAAGAAGCAUCAUUAGAAGCAUACGUAAAACAAGAAGUAGAAAAAGCGAUCAGAGAAAUGAGGCUUCUAUAUCAAUCCCAGCUCGACGAGGCGCUCAAAGAAGUGAGCGUCUUAGAAAGAAGACUCAAAAAGAAAGCAACGCCACCUCCAGAAAGGGUGGAAAGAAGUAGGACAGCAUUAGAGAAACCAGAGAAUUUCUCCGGAGAUAAGAAGAAGUACAGGGCCUUCAGGGAGUCCUUACUUCUGCACUUCAAAGACGAUGCCGCCUAUUUUAAUGAUGACAGAAAAAAGAUCAGCUUUGUGCUAUCUUUCAUGAAAGAAGGAGAAGCCGCGGCCUUUCGAACCGAUUGGCUAGAGAAUAGGGUCGAUGCUCAACAGUUAGGGUUCAACAUCAUGCGCACAUACGGAAGCUGGCCGUACUUUGCCGAUAAAAUGGAAGAAAGAUUCAAAGACAGUUUUGAAAAAGAAACUGCCAAAAACGAAAUAUUGACCCUAAAACAGGGCAAUGAAACCACCCAAGCCUUUUUUGAAAGGUUUGAAGAAAAGAAAAGAUGGGCGGGAUAUACAAACCAAAUGAAUGAAGAGUUCUUAAUCUCCCUGUUAAGGAGAAACAUGAAUAAACCGCUAGUAGACAGGGUGAUCUACGGUGGACACAUUCCUAAAGAUUACCAGGAAUGGAAGAAAGAACUCAUCAGAAUGGACUACAUUUGGAGAGAAAGAUAA